AUGAUAGCCAAAAAACUUCGAAUUCUCCAACAUUUAAACCGCUAUCAAUACUUUGUCGAGACAGACAUUAAAUACUCACUUGAGGACCUUAUAAAAAUAGCUACAGGGAGUGGUGGUUUGCUUAAGGAUAUAGAGUCUAUAGUUGAGAUAUUUAACCGUCAUAUCACUCAAGAAUGUGAAAUUUGUCGAGGAAAUGCAUUUUUCUGUGAAUUGUGUUCGGAUGAAGAGAGAAUAUACCCUUUUAGUGAUAAUGUUGCUAUUUGUAAAGGUUGUUUAGCUGUUUAUCACAGGCAUUGUUUUGAUCAUGCAAGCAAACGGUGUACUCGGUGUGCUAGAAGAAGGGCUAGAAGAAAGGCGAUAAUGAUGAAAACUGAAGAGGAGGGGGAAUAAAAAUGUAAAUAAAUAAAAAUAUUUUUCAAAAUUAUUUUUCAAAAUUAUUUUAAAA